AUGCCAGCAUGUUGUGGUAGAGCUCACCAUGUUGAAGUAAUUGCUAAAGAAAUAUAUCCUGAAAAAUUUCUUCAUAACUGCCCAAUUUUUCCAAAUAUAGAAUCUGUUAUUCAUAUACAAGAUCUUAAACAUGCUAAAAAAACUAGCUAUAAUGCAAUUAUAUCUGGUGCUUGUCUUCUUACUCUUGGAAGAAAUAUUAAUUCAAGCAAAUUAGCAAAAUUAUAUACUUGGCUAUCAGAUAUUGAUAUUGCAACAACUAUUAAACAUUCUUACAAAUUAGCAUAUAAACUUGCCAAAGCACUUGGUAUAGACUUGACUUCAAGUACAAAUAAUUCAUUAUUACUUCUAUUUGUAAUAAUAAAAAUACCAGAUUUAGAAAUAUCAACUAGAAUUAAAUCAAAUUCAGAAUUUGAAAAUGACUUGAAUGAAUUUUUUGAAAUUGAUAAAGAAAUCUCUUAUACAAUUAGUCAAGCUUUCAAAUAUACUACUGAAGCUAUUAAUGAUAUUUUUGAUUCGUUGAAUAUUGAAAUACUGAUGAUCAAAUUUACCAAACACAAAUUAUUUCAAUUUUAA